AAAGAAAGAAAAGAGGCAAGGGACAAACCCAGCCAGAGAAAGAAAAGAAACAAGGUCCAGGAAAAAAAAAGGCAACUUCAGACGGAAAGUUGGUGAGAACUGGCGCAGUCUGCAAAAAAGGAAAAGUCGAUCACCGGCAACAGCACCAUAAAAGUGUGAGACGCCCGGGGCGAGCUCAGGAGGCAGCGGCUGGCUCUGCCCUCCGGGUGGGGUGGCCGUGCCGGCACCCGCCGCAGCUACAGGUGCGAAGGGGCUGGCUGGAGGCGAGAGGGCGCCCUGAGCACCCCUCCCCCAGCCCUCACCCCCCGCUCGGGACUUCAGAUCAAGUCACUUGGCGCCCCAGCUCCCUCCCCAGCCGCAGCCUCAGCGGGGGGAGCAAAAGCCGGAGAAGAGCGACCGGCGCGCGCCCGCCCAGGGGAGUUGGGGUUCGAAGGGGGAUUGUUUUCGGCUCUGAGGAGGUCCCCGCCCAACCUUCAAAAUUUUGUCCAAAAGCAGACAAGAGGAUCGGCCCGCGCUGAGCCGGCUCGUGGGCAGCAGGAGGCGCCUAAUCGCCGCCGGGGCGCUGGGGGUGGUGAUGGUGCUUCUGCUGGUCAUCCUCAUCCCGGUGCUGGUGAGCUCGGCCGGCACGUCGGCGCACUACGAGAUGCUGGGCACCUGCCGCAUGGUCUGCGACCCUUACGGGGGCACCAAGGCUCCCAGCACCGCCGCCACUCCGGACCGCGGCCUCAUGCAGUCCCUCCCCACCUUCAUCCAGGGUCCCAAAGGCGAGGCCGGUAGGCCGGGGAAGGCAGGCCCGCGUGGGCCCCCCGGAGAGCCCGGACCACCGGGCCCUGUGGGCCCCCCGGGAGAGAAGGGCGAACCUGGCCGCCAAGGCCUGCCGGGCCCGCCUGGAGCGCCCGGCCUGAACGCGGCUGGAGCUAUCAGCGCGGCCACCUACAGCACGGUGCCCAAGAUCGCCUUCUACGCUGGCCUCAAAAGGCAACACGAAGGCUACGAGGUGCUCAAGUUCGACGACGUGGUCACAAACCUCGGAAACCACUAUGAUCCCACUACGGGCAAGUUCACCUGCUCUAUCCCGGGUAUCUACUUCUUCACCUACCACGUCCUGAUGCGCGGAGGGGACGGCACCAGCAUGUGGGCUGAUCUCUGCAAAAACAACCAGGUGCGUGCUAGUGCAAUUGCCCAAGAUGCUGAUCAGAAUUACGACUAUGCCAGUAACAGUGUGGUCCUUCACCUGGAACCAGGAGAUGAAGUCUAUAUCAAAUUAGAUGGUGGGAAAGCCCAUGGAGGAAACAACAACAAAUACAGCACAUUUUCUGGAUUUAUUAUUUAUGCUGACUGAUAAUGCAGAAACUGAGCUUGCUGUUCUGAGUUUGGACGCUGGAUUCGUGUGGCUAACGUCAGUGAAUCAAGGAUCCCGGGGGAUGCCGACUGCAGGGCAUCUCGGUUGUAUAAAUGUGGGGAGAUCAAAUGCUACCUGACUCACAUCUGUAUCACUCACACACAUUAUGUAAAAAAGUAUUUAAGGCAAGAUAAGCAGAUGUGUGAUCCACUACCGCCAAAGCAAAUAUUCCUUAUUGUUAGUGUCCGUGUGAAUGAAAUCCUAUAGAGACCACAAAUUUUUAUAGAAAAAUCUAAGACACUGAGUUAUUUCUUCGAUAUCUCUAAUACUUUGGUGUACUGUGAUCUUGCUGCCUUUAUCCAUGUGUCAGCUUUGGUUCUUGUGAGUUUACCUGCUUAUUAAGAUACCUGGAGUCUAUCUGUAGUGUGGGGAGUCAUUUUACCCUGCAGGAGAAGGUCUCAUUGAAGUAAUGCUGCUUGUCCCCAAAGAUAUUGUUUGCCUUGUACUCUCGUUAACUUUAGAGUUAGACCUGGGAAUGAUUCAACUUCAAGCCUUAACCUGGAAUUUUCUGGAUUUGUGGGAAUUCCCAAGCCUGUGAUCAUUUUCACAGUUUUUCUUUUCAUGUGAAUUUUAAUUUUUCUCUCUUCUGGUGAUAGUCUUAAGAAAAUAGAGAUUGAAAUUGUAUCAUAGGAUUACCCUCUAAGUGUGAAAAUGUGUAGUUAUGUAUGGUACUUUAGAAAAUUCCACGUGUCCAUUUCGUCGAUAGAAUACAUUUAGACUCACUUGAACAGUCACAGAAAUUUAUUCUUUGGUAUGAAGUCAGAUAGAGGCUUUCGCCUUCUCUGGAACAAAGGAUUGUUCGUAAGCUAAGGCAUCAAGGUUUGAUUUGAGCUGCUGCAUGCGUCAUCAAGGGGACAGUAAGUAAGGCCUCAAACAGUUACCGAAAAAUCUGUGGCCUGAAGUUAUUUCAAAAUUAACAGUUUCACAUAGAACCAACAUGACAGUAAAGUGUAUAUAUUUUAUAUAAAUAUCUGUCACACACUUAUUUAUAUACAUAUGUGUUAGAUGAAAUAUUAUAUAUACAUUGCUUCAGUCCACUAGGUACAGUGGCUGUACAGCUCAAAAAGCUAAUUUAAAAAGUAUAUAUGUAUACACACAGAACCAUGGACAAAUUAUUUGACUUAUUUUAGAUCGAACUAUAUUUUAGAUGAUACAAAUAUAUAGAGUAGCAAAAUAAUAAAAGUGAGUUCUCUUUAAGAGUUAUCCAGAAAAUGAAAUCUCAGUAGAUUCAAAUGUGCCCCCCUCCAUGACACAUGUGUGAGUUAGUUGAUCCCAUGAUUACUGGAUUCCAUGUGCAAUCGAUAUUUUAAUGGCCUUCUCUGGCAGGCCAUUAAUAAGGGACUUCAGGAAGCAAGCAGAGCUCCUUCACGAUGUUUAUGGAACACACACAUGUGAGCGGUCAGUUCUUUUCUUUCUGGAGGAUUGAAGCUGCCAGUGUAGAGCAAACCCAUUCUCUCUAGUUAAAACACACUGCCAAGCGCUAGCUCUUAUCUAAGGAAAAGAUAAAAAUGCAUGCGAAUACUUCCUCCUAGCUCACAACUUCCCCUCGUAACAUGGAAAAUCUGUUUCCCUUUUCAUUGCCUUUAAACACUCUUUGACAAGUAGAUUUCAAAACCAGAGAUUUGAAAGUCUGCUUGCUUUCCUGGUGAAGGACAUUUGCAUUUUUCCCUUAAAGGAAUUGGGCUGCUCCCCUGACUCAUCUCACUUCAGCACUUUUUGUUCUAAUACACAGAGUGCUUGGUCAACUAUGAUCAACUAAAUAGCUUUAGUUUAGCAAAUCUCAACUUUCCAAGAGUUAUGCAUGGUGUUCCCAUCUAAAGGCGGUGUUUGCUGUGUUU